AUGAUUUUAAUAUUCUCACUAUGUUUAAUAUUUAGAGUCAUUGAAGGAUAGUUUGGAACUGUCAAUCCAAUCUAAUAGAACUAUUAAUAUGAAUAUUAAAUGAUUGAUUGGAACAAUUCCUUAUACUUCACAGUUGAAUAAAAAUAUACACCAGCUUCUUACUCCUAUACUAGCUUAUAAAUGAACAAUGCUAAUAAUUAUAUAAUAUUUGCAAUUUAAAAUGGCAAAGUGAGUGAAUCAAAUGUUUCAUAUGUAUUUUUGCAAUAUUUGAAAAUCGAUACAACAAUGAAGACAUUGACACAUUAUUUUGAAAUAAUAACUUAAAAACAAAGCUAUAUUUAAUAAUUCUUAGUUAGUAAUUUAAAUUAUGAAGGUUAUUGGUAUUGUUUAGAAAUAAGAAAUGAUGCAAUUUUAAAAUCGUUAAACAUUACUUUCUAUUAAAGUUCAAAUAAGAAUGUAAUAUUUCAAAAGACUUUUUAAAAUGAAUAUUUUGCCAUUACUGACUAUUUUUCAUUUUAUAUUGGGGAUUCAAAAAUAGUAAGAAUUAAUCAUUAUUAAGUCAAAAUCACUAGGAUACUAUUAGUUUCAAGGAGUCAUUAAGUUUCAAUUAAUAACAUCUUCAACAAGAUUUAUUGCAACAACUUAAAAAACUUGUAGCUCAAAUUCUGGUUAUGCAAUGAGAAAUUAAUUUAAUUUUACGAUAGAGUAGUACUACGAAUUUACAAUAAAAGAAUUAAUUUCAAGAUCAUAUGGUAUUACUACAUGGGUAAAGAUAGAAGAAAAUAAAGGUGUUAACAAUAAUUAUAUAAAUGUAAUGCAUAUAUAGUAGAAUCCAAAUAAAAAUUAUUAAACUUAAAUAGGAGGAAGAAUAGCUUAAGUAGCAUAUUUCAUAAAUUCAACAAUUUAAGUGAUUGAGAUUAUCUACUAAACAUUUUCAUUUCCUUCAAUACCUAAAUUAUCGAAUACUGGUGAUCCAUUAGAAAAGAUUGUUACCUACUAAAUUGGCGUAUAAUAUUCUCUUUAUAAUUGGCAUUAUUUUUCAUAUUCAUUUAGAAAUAAUUAGAUAUCUUUGAAUUUAAAUUUUGUGCAAUAAAACUAUCAAUUUUCAAAAACAAUCACAAAUGUUAAUUAGUUUUCAGAUCUAAUGCUAAUUAUUCAUUUAGGGGGAACACUUGCUGAUAGAAGCAUUGCAUCUGGUUAAUUUAAUCUAGCUUAUUUCUAUACUUGUCUGACAACAUAUACACCAAAAUGUCAUUAUUCUUGUUCUACAUGCACAGGACCUUAAUUAAAUUAGUGUUUAAGUUGCACAACGGCUUCAAAUAGAUAAUUAUCAUUUGAUUUUAAAUGCAUCUGUAAACCUGGAUAUUUAGAUAUAAAUGUAAAUUCAUGUUAUUAAGUUUCAACCUCAACAGUAUAAGACAAUUUAGUAUAAUUAUCAACAAAGAAAGAAUAUGAUUUAGAAUAUCCAAUUAUAGUUUGUAGUUAUGGAUAUUUUAAGUAUGAGGAUGUAUGUUAUGCAUGGUAAUUUAAUUAAAAAUUUUUAGUCCUAAAUUAACAAAGCUGUAUUUUUGUCCAGAAUGCAUUUAAUAUCCAAAUUCUUGGGUCUAUAAUCCAAUUUGUACAAUGAAUUAUCAACAGUAUAAUAAUAGUGAAAAUAAUACAUUUACAUAAGAUAUUAUAGUGCCAAUAUCAAUACUUUCAAUAAAUCUGGACCCUUAUGCAAUUUAUUUGUUUAAUAAUGAAGAAUUAAGUUUUUGUUCCUUUUGUAAUAAUUUGUGUUUAAGUUAUCCAUAUGCCAGUGAUUGUUAAUAAAGUAAUUAUUAUCAUUUAUAAUAAAAAAUAAUGGUGAUUUGUAAAUAUGAUGCAAUUAUGUUAGAUGGAGAAUGCAAAUCAUGUUAAUCAAGUUGCUAAAAAUGUGUUUACAUUAAUUUAUAAUUAAUUUGUUUAGAUAAUUAUCCAACUUAAGUUCUCUAUCCAAGAUGCUAGUAAGUUUAACCAAAUAAAUGUACUCAAUGUUAUGAUAAUGAUAAUUAUUUCUUAAAUAUGGAAUAGAAUGAUUGUUAUCCAUGUUAAAUUCCAAAUUGUAAGUAUUGUUUUCAAUAUUUGAAAUCUGAUAUUAAUUAUAAUACUAUCUUUUAACAUUAACCAUUUAAUUAUGAUCAAGAAGAUUUAUCAGUUGCUUGUGCUUUAUGUAAGAAUGGAUUCAUUUUUAAUUUUGUAUCUGAGUAAUGUGAGAGGAAUGUAUAUCCCUUAGGAAUUUCAUGUUAAAGUUAUUACAUAAAUCAAUAAGGCAAAGAAAUUUGUAUAAUAGACUAAAAUUUUUCAUUAAGUAAUUCUAUUUUAGAUUGCAGAUAAUAUUUAACGAAGUGUUUGAGUUGUAUAAAAAUUCAAUCGAAUUAAUAUUACUGUAUUUAAUGUGAAUCUGGAUACUAUUUACAUUAUUAAUAUGGUUUGUGUAUGUCUUGUCUGGACUAUAAUUCUGUUUAUUAAGAAUGUGAGUAAUACUAAUGGUUUGAACCUUUAUUUAAACUUUAAUUGACUCCUUUCAUUUUUAGUUUAACAAAAUAACAUCCUGGAUCCUAAAUCUUAGACUCUUUAAAAUUAAGAGUUAAAAAAUGCAUCACUACUUAUGAUAUAGUUUCAGAUACUUUAUGUUAAUAAGCUGACUCAUAAAAUUGUGAAUUUUAUGACAAAGGGUGCAGAACUUGUUCAUCUACUAAUGAAGGUACUAAACGACUUACUAUUCUUAAUUUAAAAUGUUCGGAUUGUCCAUAUUUUUGUGAAUAUUGCAAACCUAGGUAAAAUUAGGAAAUAUAUUUAAUUAAUCCUUACCUAAUUACAACUACUCUUACUAAAGAAUUAACUUACAGAUGUCUUCAAAAAUCAACUACUCAUAAUUAUAUAUUUUUUGAUAAUCGAUUACAAUUACCUAGAAGAUGCUCUUUAGAAGUGCCAAAAUGUGAAUUACAUCAUUCUUAAGUAUUUAUUAAUUUAAUUCAUUAAGAAUUUUACAAAUUUUAAAAACUUUUAUACAAAUCAAAUACAACUUGAAUCAUCAAAUAACCAAAAAUAUUAUAAUCUAAGAAGUAGUUCAGGAUUUACUUUUUUUAUCAACUCUAGUUCUACAAAUUUGGUCGAAUAAUCAUUUUUCAAUCUACAUGAUGUACCUAAUAAUUAUAUUUCUUUAAUCUUUAGCCUUAGAACUUCCAAACUUAUUUAUUAUUCUUAAAACAUUUCUUAUGGUUUCAUUUUUGGAAAGCUAAGAUUUCUAAAUUUUUAAGAAAUCUAAUUUAAACAAACAAGUAUCCUUUUUAGUUAAACUUAAUCCUCCAUGUUAGUUUUUGAGUCACUUAGUAUAAUUAGCCUUUUAUUUGAAAACUGUAUUUUUUAGGAUACAAACACCACUUUUAGUAAUUAUUAUGAAAUUUUUGACACAACAACUGUUGAAAGAUCUUAUUAAAUUGCUGUUUAAAAUCCAAACCAAAUUAAUUUCACUAAUGUUCUCUUUUAGAAUAUUGCCUUAUUUAAUACUACUUUUCUAAAUUUAACAAAUAUUAAUAAAUCAAUUACAUAACUUGAUUUCAUAAUCUUAUAGAAUGUAACAUUUUAGAAUUGCUCAUUCUCUUAAACUAAUUUCUUAAGUCUCUUAGAUAUGAAUCAAUAUCAUAACAUUUCUAUAAUCUAAUUGAAAUUUAUAGAUUGUAAUUUUAGCGAGAGUUAUUUUAUUAAUAAUUUUGGUUUAGAAUUAAAGGGCAAUUUUAGACUUUAAAAUUUAGUUAUAAAAAAUUGUUUAAUUAGAAAUUCAGCUCUUAUCACUAUACCAAUUACGGAUAUGACAUCAAUCAUUGAUAUAGAUCUCUAAAAUGUUCAAUUUUAUAAUAGUGAUUUAAUUAGAUUAUCUUCCAAGGCAUUUGUUUAAAAUAUUAAAGUGUGUAAUAGCUUUAUUUCUAAUUCAAAAAUUAUUCAUAAAAUUAAAUCACUUAUUUCUUAUACUAAGGAAGAAUAUUCAUUUGAAAAUCUUUAAAUUUUUGACUGUUAUUAUUAAGAAUUUAACAUUAUAUCUAUUCCCUAAUAUAGUUUUGAGGAUAUAAGAGUAACUUUAAAAAAUAUUUAAAUAUACAACUUACAUUCACUUAAUUAAAACUUAAAUUUUAAUUUCUAUUUUUUUUAAUUUCAAGUUACUCAGAUUAUAAUGGAAUAUAUUAAAUUGAUUAGACAACCAGGGUCUAUUGAAUUUUUUAUAAAGAAUUGUGAAUAUGUAUCCAUUUCAGAAGUUAAAAUAAUUUCAAAUAUAACAAAAAUUUCAUCAAAUAUGAAUAUAAUAAAGGAAUAAUCUUUAAACACUAUUUUCAUAAUUGAAGCAUAGAUAAUAAAAUUAAAUCAGAUAGUGUUAUAAGAUUAAUUAAGUGUUAAUGUGAUUUUUUUUUAAUUAAAUCUAAUAAAAUUGCAAGAUAAAUUAGAUGCAUGCUUAAAAAUCUAAAAUAUAAUCUUUGAGAAUAUUCAAUUGAUUAAAGUAUCAUUUUCAGAAAUUUCAACUAUAUUUUAUAUAACAAGCUUGAUUAAAUAAAAUAUAUUCAUUACAAAUUCUCAAUUUAAUGGAAUAUUUCUCAAUGAAUUUGUUUAAGAUACAAAAAUUUCUUCUGCUGCUAUUGCUGUAAUUGUUUCAGAAUUAAGUAUGCUCUAAUUAGAACAAAAUUAAAUUAAUGAUGUUGUUGUCUUGAACUCAAGUAAUUCAAUUUUCUUAAUAUAAACUUAUUAAACUAUAUUACUUAAUAUAACAAGUGUAAAUAUAAAUUAAGUUUAAUCUUACAUCAAUAAAUAUUAAUAAGAAUAAAUAUUAUAAUUUGAUUUAUUAGGUGCUUCUGCUCUUAUAAACUCUUAAGGUGGCUUAUUUAAUUUUUAAACUUAAUAAUUAAUUAUAAAACAAUGUCAUUUUGAAAAUAUAAUUGGAUUAGAGGGAGGAGUGGUAAGUAUAACAACUAAAUUUUUUGGAUUGAUAGAUAUUUAGACAACAAUUUUUAAUAACUCAUCAACUAAUGUUUAAAGAAGCUAAGAAGGAAGAGGUGGAAGUAUAUAUAUCAAUUCAGAAAAUUCCUACUUAAAUUUAUUUAUUAAAGAUUCUAUUUUUUUGAAUUCUACUAGUGGUUUAAAAGGAGGUGUCCUUUAUAUCAAACCUUCCAAAUAUCAAUGUCAAUUAAAAUUAUAAAACGUUACAUUUAAAGAUGUCUUUGCUGUUUUCUAUUCAGCAAUUUUCUUCUAAGUAAGUAAUACAAAUAUUGAUUCUAUUUCUUCUAUUGAAUUAAUUGACAUAGAAAUAGAAAAUUCACUUUAACAAUUACUUUUAUUUUUUAAAAGUUAUUCAAUAGAUUUAAAUAAUUAUUAGAUAUAUCAAGAAUCAGCUAUGUUUUCUCUUCAAAAUGUGUACAAAUAUAUUCUAUUAUUUUUAGAGUAAUAUCCUUGUAUGAUUUUAAGGUAUCUGGAUACUUUGCUUAACCAAUUCUUUAUCUUAUUUUUGCAAAAAGACUCUAUUUGGAAAGAAUAGUGGUAUACAAUUUAAAUUCUUUUUUAAGUCAUCUUAUUUAUAUUGAAAAUUUAUCAUGUAAUUUGAUUUAAUUAUCAUAUUUAGCUGUGAAAUCGGCUCUUUAUAUAAAGUCAACUCUUAUUAGUAAUUUUAAUGAACUUGAUAUGAAUAAAAUAAAUAAGUUUAAUAAUAUAGAAAAAAUAAACCUGAAUAUCUUUAAUACAAAUGAUAUAACAAAUUUCAGUUCCUUAGUAGAAAUAGAUCUUAAUAACAAUAUUACUUCAGCUUAAGUUGUGUCUAUGUAACUGUAUAAUAAUAAUUGUAAAGCUUGCUAAUUAGGAUUACUUUAUAUUAACAAUAAAUAAUUAGUCCACAAGAUUAAUUUAAUUAAUUUAUAAUUUUUUAAAAAUAUUUGUGGUUUAGGAUCAUGUUUAUGUUUGAAUUCGAUUAUUAGUUAAAUUUUUCACUUAAUAACCAAAUCAAUAUUUUCUCAUAAUUCUGCUUAAAAUGGAGGGGCUAUAAAUUUAUCUAAUUUCAGAUUAAAAAUUCACAAAUCAGUUUUUUUAUCAAAUAAUGCUCUUGUUUCUGGAGGAGCGAUAUAUUAUAAAACAGUAGAUAACUCUUAAUUAUUAGAAUUUAAGGAUGUAAGUUUAAUUAGUAAUCAAGCUGAUAUAGGUGGAGCAAUUUAUGAUAAAACCUUAUUUAGUUUAAAUUUGAUGACCAUUUUAUUAAUCGAUAACAAGGCAUAUUAUUUUGCAAAUAAUAUUGCAACAGAACCAACUGAACUAUAAUUAUAAAUAAAUAAUAAACCUACAAUUAAAUAAAAUCUGAAGGAAGGAAAUAAGACUAUAUAGAUUAUUAAAUAUUUUAAUAAAUCAAAACCAGCAAAAUUUAUUUAUAUGCCUAGUGGAAUUUCGUUAAGUAAUUACUAAAAAUUUAAUUUUAAAACAAGUUCCUAUACUAUUUUAAAUUAUAGCUAUAUACUUUAAUCUAUGAAUUGUCUGAAUGAAUAAAUUUUUGAUUUAAAGCAGACUAAAUGUCUAUUAAAUGUAAGCCAAAUCUUUUUAGAUAAAUUAAUUUAACUAUCAAAUAAUUCUGAAAUAAAAAGUAUAAUAUUUAAUGAGUUUGAAUAAAAUUAUGAUCUUAAUGAUUUGAUAUUUAUUUUAGAUCCUUAUUUAUCUGAUUAAUCUUACUUAUAAGUUGAUAUAUAAUGUAAUAGUAUUGUAAGUAAAGAAUAUUAAAUGAGAUUCUAUUUAAAAACUUUUGUUUGCCAAAUUGGAGAAUAUUUUGAGAGCUAGAAAUGCAUAAAAUGUGAUAAUAUUUAGGGAUUUUAUUCAGUUGAAGUAAAAAGCACAUCAUGUUCUAGAAUGAAUAUCUAAAUGAUUAAAAACACUACUGGUGCUAUGAUAGAGCUUUAGCCAGGUUAUUGGAGACCCUCUUUUAGAUCUAAUUAUAUUGAGAAAUGUAAUAAAUAUCCAAUUAGAUGUCUUGGUGGAUGGGAUGUAUCUGAUAAUUCAUGUGCCAUUGGAUCACAUGGAGCUUUAUGUGAAGAAUGCGAUUUAUUUAAUAUUAGAGGGCAAGGAUCUUAUUUAAAUAACAAAGAAAGUUAUUGCUAAAAAUGUGGAAGAUUUAGUCUCUAAUUAAUAUUCAUGAUUUUAGAAUCUCUAUGGAUCAUGUUACUAAUUAUUUUAACUGUUAGAAGUAAUACAUUAUCAAAUAAAUAAUUAUUUAAAUUUAAAUGUUUAUAUCGUCAUUAUCAAACCAUUUACAAAUAAAUGAUGGAUUAAACAAGCACUCUAAUUAAAAUGACUAAUAAUAAUUUUUAAAUAUUAUCUUUAAUUAGCACUCUAUAAAUAACUAUAUUUUCAAAUCUAUCAAAUAUUGUCUUAUUUUUAGGAGAUUCCACUUAUUUAGUAACUUAUCAAUUAGAUUGCUCUAUUCCUUCCUUAGUUACUAUUCAAUAUGAAUAUACUCAUUUUAUAAUUAUUUUGUUGUUACCUUUAUUUCAUUUUGCUUGUUGUUCCUUUUUGUUUUUAAUCAUACUUAUUAAAAAAUAUGUGACAUUUUCAAAAUCAUAUAUCUUUUCCUCUAUAAUCUAUUUAUACUGUUUAAAUUUAUAAAAUAUUAUGAAAUGGUAAUAUUAUUUAUUUUUAUUAUUUUAGGGGAGUUUCUUUAAUUACAAAACGUCACUUAUCAGGGAUUGAUUGGAUAUAAGCUAAUGUUGCUAGUAAAUUUGAUACUGAUUCACAUAGAAUUUGGUCGUAAAGAUUUAUUUAUCCAAUUUUAAUUUUUAUCGGAUUACUAAUUCCUGCUUUUUUAUUUUUUUAAAUGAGAAAAAUUAAAAAUUUUUUAGAUGAUAGAAGUUCCAUUUAAAAAUUUUCAUUCUUAUAUAAUGAAUACACAUCUAAAUCAUAUUAUUGGGAGAUUUUGAAAAUGUUACAAAAGAUAUCAAUAAUUUUAAUUGUUAAUUAUUUUGAAUAAUAAAUUUUAAUAAAGGGUAUUUUUAUGUUUCUUAUUGUCUUAAUUUACUAUAAACUUUGUUUAGAAAUUUAACCUUAUAAAUUAUAAUCUAUAAGUUAAAUUGAUGGGAAAAUUUCCUUUUUAUUAUCAAUCACAUUAAUUUGUAGUCUUUUAUUAUACGUAAUUUAGUAAGAAGAAAUAAAUUAUUUAAAUUAUCCAACAUAAAUUAUUAUUUUAUUUCUAAUUUACAAAUAGACAGUAUUAUUAUUAAAAAGAAUUUUUGUUGUUUAUCUUUAAAGAUUAAAUUUAUAAUUAGAUUCAUUAAGAAAAUUAAUUAUUUUUAAAUUUCCAAAAGUUAAUAUUUAAUAUGCAUGUUUGAAACCUUAUUUGAUGUUAAGAAAAGAAUAAGAAGAGAGAAUAUAAAUGCGAUUUAAAAUGAUAAGAUAAUUUUUCAAGACAAAAAACAGAUAAAUCAAAGAGAAAAAUAUGUAUCUGAGCAAUACUUAUAGAGAAUCAAGUCUAAUUGGAUUUCAUCACUCGACUUUUAGUUCAAGUCGCCCGCUUUAUACAGCUGAGCAUGGGCAAAUAUUAAAAUCAAAUGAAUGA